GAAACUUUGGGCAGAAUUCCGAAUUCGAUUUCGUUUGGAUCCGAGUCUCUACGAAACGAGGAAUCCGCAAUGGAGGAGUAUGAUCUUGAACGUGGGGUUGGAAUUACAGAUGAGGUAUUGGCCUUCGCCAGAAACAUCGCGAUGCAUCCCGAGACGUGGUUGGAUUAUCCUGUCGACGAAGAAGAUGACACGGAUGAUUUUGACGUGUCCGAUGCCCAACAAGAGCAUGCUAUGGCCAUUGAAAGACUUGCACCUAGAUUAGCUGCGCUCAGAAUUGAGCUGUGCCCUUGCCAUAUGAGUGAAAGUUACUUUUGGAAAGUCUAUUUUGUACUUUUGCAUUCAAGGCUUAAUAAACAGGACGCUGAGGUUUUAUCUACACCUCAGGUUCUGGCAGCCAGAGCACUGUGGAUGAAGGAGUUACAGGAGCAAGAGAAACUUGAAUCUGAAUGUUUUGGAAGGAGCAUUUCCUACUCAAAAGACACAGCUCAGCAAGAAGACUUCUCUCCCAGAUUUUUCGAUAAUGCCUACUCUGGUGCCAUGGCUUAUGGAACAUACAGAUUUGAGGAAGAUUAUGGGAGUGAUAAGCGCAUGGGUGAAUGCUCUGAAGACCAUUUAAUCGAUGAGCCAGUCGUCGAGGAAAACUCGAAAACUAAAACUGAGGAGAAGGACCUAUCAAGGGUUCGAUCCUCUAAAUUUGUUCUCGAGGACUAUGAAGAUGAUGAGUACGAAUGGCCGGAGGACGAUAUUGAUGGAAUUACCGUGCCGCAGGUAAAUGAAGAAGACAUAUCUUUUAGUGAUCUCGAGGAUGAUAAUUAUUCGUUGAAACCUGUUACCAGAACAGAAUUAAAUGCAUGAUAGUGGUGCCGUAGGGCCAGUACUGAGUAGAUCUCCAAUAGAAAGAAGAGAAAGUAUGGAGGUCCCCUGCAUUUUUUGGUUGUACAUAGUGAUUGUUUUGUUGUAACCCCCCCCCCCCCCCAAAAAAAAACAAAAAGAGAGAGAA